AUGGACGACGAGAGCGAGACGAUGCUGCCGCCAGAGACCUCUGCGUCGCACCUCGCCGUGGGCAUGUACAUGGCGCUCUGGCCUAAGAUCGAAAAGUGCGACGGCUACGUCGGCAUGCUCUUGGACACGCAAGAGAGCUUACAGGAGAAGAUCGCCGAGCUCAUGGGCCUUCUGGAUGGCGGCGCCGACACCACGUCGCCGCUCGUCGGGUAUGCGGCGCGCCUCAAGCAGUUUCCGUCGCGCGUCCAAGCGCUGCAAGCGAAGCUCGAGGGCAUCCGCGCGCUCCUGGCCUCGCUUCGAAAACCCGACGUGGUCAUACCAGAGCCGCCCAAGGCUGCACCGCCCGUUGUGGUGGCCGCCAUCAAUGACGAAGAGGAUGAGCGCGAGGCGUCGGCGCCAGCCCACAACGUCGCGACAGAGGAUGUUGCGCCGCAGUAA